AUGUUGCUGCAGCAGCAGCAGCAGACGAAGCUGAUGGAGGUUCAGACCUUUAAACUAUCCAACGCCUCCAUGGGCCAAUCACGCGCGGCUGGUGGCUCGCAAUCUGUUGAUCACCUUGCCGGCAGCAUCACUGAAUUCUUGUAUGACCCGCAGGCCCAUAUCACCUUUGAUUCUUGGUACAAACGAUACGAGGACUUGUUCUCUGUCGGUCUGGCUAACCAAGAUGAUGCAUGGAAGGUUCGACUCCUACUCCGCAAACUGGGUCCGGCUGAACACGAGCGUUAUGCCGACUUCAUCCUCCCCAAGAAUCCCCGAGAAGUCACUUUCAAGGACACGGUGCAGACGUUGUCGCAGACUCUGGAGAGCAAUGAUCCCUUUCCAACACUCGAUUUCAGUGCUUUCAACUGUGCAAACGGGAUUCCGAUGAUUUCAUCACGUAUACAGGCAUUGUCAGUCGUGAGUGUGAGCGUUUUCAGCUCAGUUCUCUCACCGAAGACCAGUUUAAAGGCCACAUUUUUAGCAGCGACCUCCAGUCCCCCAAGGAUGCUGACAUCCAGACACGUCUCCUGUCUAAAUUCCAACGGAACAACUCGAUCACACUCCAAGAUCUGGCGGCGGAGUGUCAAACGCUGA